AUGUUUCAGAAGUCAUCAGAUAGUAGCGCUUCAUCUGGAAAAAGGCAUGUUAAGCUGCAGAAUAUCAAACAGGAUGAAGCAUCAACCAAUGUAUCAGAAUUGAAAUCAACAGAAAAAGUACAAGCGCUUGCUCAUUCACCUGUUGGUUAUACAUUAAGUCAUUUGCUUGAUGUUAACUUGCGCGAUUGUUCACAACAGUCAACAUCUCUCAGUUCGAGACUAGACGAUUCUCUGGAUAUUACAAUUUAUUGGGCUGAUGGAAAAGGUCUCAAAUUUUCUCUAGUUGGUGGUAAAUUGGCAACAGUAUCAAGCUUGCUCUUAUUACUCGCUGAUCAUCUGGGUGUUAUUUCUGAAGUUUUCAAUGAAGUAUGCGCUCUCUGGAUGGUAUCAAAUUUGUUAGAAGUGCAGCUGAAGCCACAUCAUAAUCCAUAUGAGAUCCGGAAAAACUGGGUACAAUUUCUACAUAGAUUUACGAAUGCUGAAAGUAGUGAAUUAGUUGCUGACGAGCCGCUUCUUGUAUUGAAACGAAAUGUACAACUUUCCGUUGAACGAGAGCAUGAAUUGGAGCAAGAUUAUACGAAUGAAAUAUUAACGGAGAUAUUGUACAGAAGUGCAAAGCAGGAAAUUUUAAAUGGUCGAUAUGUAUGUGAUAUCGAAUUGAACAUAAAAUUGGCUGCCUUACAGAUGGCCAUCGAUUUAGAACCGAAUGAAGAUUUUGAUUUGCCGGAUGUAUUUGGAGAAGAAAUAGAAAUGUUUUUCCCGCUAAAAUAUCGGCGUAAUGUCAGGACAUUUCAUUUAUUUGGUAUUCCGAUUAUUGGUUGCAAGGUUGAAAUUUCUGAUCAGUAUUUUUAUUUUAUUGAUUUUAAUAUCUUUAGAGCUGCUUUCUUCCGCGGAUACGUUGAACGACCAUUAGGAGGCCCGUUGAAAGAAAUCAAGAAAAUGAUACUUUCGACGACGUUACCAGAUAUUCCGGUUCUCAUUGGAAUCAGCUGUGGAUACGUUACAUUGAUUGAUGAAGCAAAACAUGAAAUUCUGCUCGUGCAGCGACUUCUUGACUGUGAUUGCCGCUGUUUUGAUGAUCGUUUCGAAGUUGCUGUAUCAGUAGCCGGUUUAUCUGAAUGCCCGUGGUUACUCUUGACUUUUCCGGAUACUUCAUUUAUAAUCAAUCGCAGUUUAAAUUCUGAAACCGAAGUGUUAAAAUUUUCGGAAAAAAUGAAGAUGCUUCAGGUGUUCAGCAAAGAAGCUAUCAUGAUUGAAGCACUCAUAAAUUCUUUAACCAAACUGCUAGAACGAAAUGGUGAUAGUGGAAUGCUAAAUUUAAACCAUAAUAAUUGCCGAAAGACAAAAAAAGCAGAGGAGAAGUCGCUAGAUUUUGAGGGGACGUUAUCGGGUAAUAGCAGUCCGGGUGACAAAGCACAUAUAACUAACAUUUCAGUAAGUGAAAUUUAUAAGGUAAAUACGUAUAAUGUCCACCAAAAUCGCAACUACAGUUUGGAAGUUUUGGAUAGUCAGUGCCCAAGUUCAUCAGGUUCAUCUCGUACAAAUGAUCAAACAAGAGGAAAUAGUAGUAUUCACCGAAGUUUGGUAGACGCCUGCAACUUACCAAAUCCGUUUAUCAGCAAUAUCAAUAAGCUGUGCUUGGCUACACUUGAUGCUGAUGGCCAUUGUCUGGAAGCACAAGGUUCAUUAAGAGUUUUGCUAGAAGUGAUGUAA